AUGAAGCACCUAUAUCCUGUAGGCCUCUUCAUGCUCUCUUGCACUUGUCUCCAACUAUCUGCUGCUGCGCCGGCGAGAGUGGGCAUCUCACGUGAAGCUGAAGCACUUGUGAAUUGGAAGGCUAGCUUGGCUGGUGCCAACAAGUCCCUUAGAUCAUGGUCAUUGGCCAACUCCACCAGCCUUUGCAGGUGGUGGCACGUCAGCUGCGACUUGGCUGGGCACAUCAGAAAGCUCGACCUUGAUGAUACAAGUCUGAACGGUACACUUGACAGGUUCGACUUCUCGGCCUUUCCGCACCUAAAGAUUCUCAUUCUGUCCCAGACGGGUCUACACGGUACAAUUCCAGCAGGUAUUGGCAACCUGACAAGCUUGGUCGAGUUGGACAUCAGCUCCUGUCCAUAUUUGAGGGGUGUCAUUCCACGUAGCAUUUUCCAGCUGAAGCACCUUGCUGUACUGCGACUGAUAGACUUGGGGCUCGAUGACAUGCUACCUGAAGAGAUUGGUAACUUGACGAACUUGCAGGAGCUCGACCUUAGUAUGGUUACAUUGACUGGAUCAAUCCCACAAACAAUUGGGAUGCUCGUGAAGCUCCAAGUGCUGAGCCUUGUAGGCAACAAUUUGACAGGAAGCAUCCCAAUGGAGAUCGGAAACAUGACAAAACUUCAAACCAUAUACCUUCAGCAUAACAAUUUGGAAGGGCAGCUACCAGAAAAUCAGCUGUUAGGUCACAUCUUCCCUGGGAUUUGGAAUAGCAGCCUCCUUCGAUCAGUCGACAUUGCAAACAACAACUUCUCUGGGAUGUUCCCAUCAUCCAUUUGCGUAGGAGGAGCGCUGACUUGGAUCGGUGCUGGAUACAAUGGAUUUACUGGCCUUCACCAUCAGACAUUUCAAAACUGCACAACCCUCCAAAUCGUUGACUUCACAGCAAACAACAUUGUUGCAGAGCUGAGGGACUGCAAUAAUUUCUCUGGCACAAUACCUUCUUGGUUAAGCAUGAGUUUACCUAAACUCAACUUUCUUCGAUUGUCAUCGAACAUCUUUGAUGGUAUCAUACCCCAUCAGAUAUUACAAUUUCGCCAACUCCAGGUAUUGGACUUGUCAAAAAACAAGCUCACCGGACCGGUGCCAGAUGAUUUUACAAAUUUCACCGGCAUGGCAGACUCCAUAUACCAAUACCACAAUGGUUAUCGAGUGCAGAUUCAUAUAGUUUGGAAGAAUGUGGAUUAUGUUUACGAUCUGAUGAUAGCAGCCAUGGCAGGUAUCGAUUUAUCUGGUAACUCUCUUUCGCAAGAGAUCCCAGAUGGUCUCACAACCCUGCUUGGUCUCAGGUACCUGAACUUAUCAGGAAAUUAUCUGUCAGGUCGUAUUCCCAAAGGUAUUGGCAAUUUGGUACUGCUGGAAUCACUGGAUCUUUCUCGGAACCAACUCUCGGGUGAAAUUCCUCCAAGCUUUCUAAGUUUGAAGAGCAUGAGCACUCUGAACCUCUCAAACAAUGAGUUAUCAGGGAGGAUACCUAUGGGCAAUCAGCUGCAGACCCUCGUAGAUCCAUCGAUAUACAGCAAUAAUCCAGGGCUAUGUGGUUUCCCGUUGAACGACUGCAUGAACUCGUCGACACCGGAUCAAAAUGAAACGGGUCAGGCCGAAGAUAGGGAAGCACUGUGGCUGUAUUGCUUUGUGGCUGCUGGGUUCAUCUUUGGGUUCUGGCUGUACUGGGGCAUGAUCUUGUUUCGCAGCGAGACAUGGAGAUGUGUGUUCCAUCAGCAUGUAGACGAUAUGGAAGGGAAGACAACCAAGAAAAUAUAUAGAUGCAUGCCGUAA